AUGGCUAAUUCAGCGGAGAUCCCUCCUUUGCCUGGUUCAGAUGGGGAAUUGACAGUUUUCCACAGAGGCUUGGACAAGCACUAUGCAGUCAAUGUAGGAAAUGGAGAAAUCGUCCAUGUAACCUCUUCUGAUCAUAACGAGCUGACUUCCGCGGUCGCAAGGUCUAAAGAGGCAUGGAAAUUUAAAACAAGUUCCGUAAGUUCGACCUUCGACAAAGCCGUCAUAAAGAAAGAAAAAUUCGAAAAUUACGUCAAAGCAGGGGAUAACGUGUAUGUAGAAACAAGUAGGGAGAAACCAUUUCCCUCCGAGGAGAUUGUAAAAAGGGCUAAUUCCAAACUCAGUCCAAUGGAUUAUCGCCUCUUAGGGAAUAACUGUGAGCAUUUUACGUUCGCAGUGGCCGCUAUCUCUGGUCUUGUUCUUCUUUGGAUAUUAGCAACCGACGAGGAGUCUGAAAACUGA